AUGCGAAUUAACUUCGAUUUGAGAAACGAACUUACACUAAUACGCCGAAAUCCAACGUAUAACCAACAACAAUUACAACAAAGAAAAGAUAACAUUGAAACAUUUAUGAAGUAUUUUAACAAGGUCAAGCAAUAUCCUCACAAAGAUUUACAAGAAGUUAAAAUUACAAUUGAAGAUGAUAUCAAAAUAUUAACAGAAAAGAAUAAAUUGACCGAAGAAAUGAAAUCAAACACACAGACAAGGCAAUCAUUACAAACUGCGAUCAAUGAUCUCGAAAAAUCAAUUGAAGCUCACGAUAACGAAUUCCAAAAAAUAAUGAAAACAUUAAACAGUACAAUAGCAUCUUCAUCAUCCAAAGCUAUUCAACUACAAAAUUCGAUCGACGACUUAACUCCUUGCAUUAACUCAUUAAAAAUCAGAGUUGAUGAAAAAGAAGCAAAAAAACAAGAACUUUUAAGUGUUUUGGAUUCAAAAAGACAACAGCUAUCAGAAAUACGUAAUAUUAAUGACCAAUCGCAUGAGAGAAGAAGUGAAAUUAAAACGAAACUUCGUACAAAAUUAGGAAAAUUAACAGCCACUUACCAUAGAUUACUUGAUGAUGAGAAACCCUUGAUAAAAGCUCUUGAAGAUGUAGAAGCACAACUUUCUAAGAUCAAAGAUGAAUCAAAAAUCGAAAUUGAAAAAUAUAAUUCCGAAAGUACUGAGUUAUUGACAACAAUACAAGAGAUUGAUUCAAAAAUAACCGAAGUAAAGUCAGUUCAUACAUCAAAUCAGUCUUCUCGCAGUGAUUUUCAGAGAACAAUAAAAUUAAAUCAUCAAAUUCACGAAAACUCAUUGACAGAACAGAAGAAACUCAGAACAAAAAUAGAUAAAAUAAAUAUUUCUAUAGAGAAACUCCUUCAAAACUCAAAAACAAUUGAAGAUGAAAUCAAAAUUACAAAAGAUUCACGAGAAAAUGUCUCAAAUCAGAUCAAACUCCGCACAGAACAAAUAGAACAACUCCGCCAAGAAAAUAACAGACUUGCUUCACUAAUAAGAGUUCAUCAAGAGAAUAUUCAAAAUGAAGAAUCUCAAAAUCAGGCAAUUAAAUCAGAAUUAACAACAAUUCAGACAGAAUUACAUAGUUCUAGGGAAGAAUGUGAUAUCCAUACUGACAAAAUAGAGUUAGUUCGUAAAACAUUGUCUGCAUUUUCUUCACUUCAAGAUGCAAUGCUUCUAAAUGGAGUUAUGAGUCCUCUGGGAGUUGCUUCAAGAGCUAUAGAGUUUAUUAGAUUAUCUAGACAGAAAUUGGAAGAUGACGAACCUCCAACACGAAUCACUUCUCGAAUGGUAAAGGAAGAAAUCGAGGAGUUGAAUCAUUCAAUAUCAAUUAUUGAUGAAAAGUUGAAUAAUUAA